AUGCAAGGAAGCGACCAAGCAAGCAAGGUUUUAGGCGAACAGGCGAAGAGGAGGACUGAGUUUAGGAAGCGCUCUUUUCCACUGUCUGUUAUGAGUUAUGAAUUGAAUCAUUGUCUUUGCACAAGGAGGUGUGCCCGUUUUUCAUCACGGAGACCUCAGUUCAGGAGGAGAAGACGGAUGGGAACAAUGGGGACGUUCAUUCAAUGCUCGUACCCGUUUAAAUACGCUCUUAGUUGCCAGGUACUUUCCCGCUUUCCGGAGGUUUGCUUUUUAUUUGACCUCACUUCGCUCGUCUCUUCUGUGAAAAACAGAAUGGGUCUGGGCGAGUCUGUUCUGCGCGGGUACUUACUCGACUAUAAAUCCGAGGAGAGGAGAGGUUUGGUCGAUGUAAUUGAGAAAGAACAAGAAAAGGCUGCGACGAACUGCUUGCCCUAA